GAUGGAGUCGCAUACUGCGAUAAUCCGAAUGUGAGAAACCAAACACAUACACGCACACUAGACCUAGGGUGGUGUGUGUGUGUGUGCAGUCAUCAGGAGGAAAACCUUCGUGCAAACUGAAUAUAUCGCGAAAAAGAAGAAGUGUGUGUGUGUGUGUGUGGUGCUGAGUUGAGGUGUGGGUGUGCCUACGGCUGUCCCAACCGGACGUGAGGGAAGAUGAUGGCCUUCGGCACACAGACAUUGACUUGUAAAAACCUGCAGGAGUACCUGAGGUCCCUGGCGAAGGACACACUAGACAGACUGUACCGACACCCUGCCACUUGCCUGGCCGUCUACAGGGAACUUCCAGAAUUGAGUCGGCAAUUUGUUUUGAGGCUCUUGUUUGUGGUGAAACCUGUUCCUCAAAUGUUGUUGGCCACAUGGAUACCUCAGCAUGAACCAGGCAGAGAGCUUGGUGACAUAGCUGCUGAGCAUCGACAAGGGACGCAAGUCCUGCUGGACAUGUACAUAUGGCAGGAGGUGAAGGACCACCAAGGAAAUAUGGCCAUCAAACUCAACAACACUUUUAGAGAAAAUCUCAAAGUGGCAGUUCUUGGAGGUGGAAAACCAUGGACUAUGUCUGCUGCUCUAGACUCCGAUCCACAUCAACGAGAUGUUGAGUUUUUAGAUAAAUAUGCAAUGGAUAGAUGGGAAAGUGUUCUACAGUUUCUCGUGCAGCCUGGACAGGGUCAGACAGCCAUCUCCAGAGAUGCCAUGCGCACAUUACUUCAUGCAGGUCUUAUUGAAAGCAGUGAUGAGUCAGACAAUAUGCAAAUAACAAGCUCAGGCUUCCAGUUUCUUCUUCUUGACACAGCUUCACAAGUUUGGUUCUUCAUCCUGAAAUACUUGGAAACUGUUACAGAACGUGGUCUUAGCCUUGUGUCAUGUCUCACAUUUCUCUUUAAGCUGUCUUUCUCAACUCUUGGUAAGGAUUACAGCAUGGAAGGAAUGGAUAAUGAGCUACUAACCUUCCUCCAACAUCUUCGGGAAUUUGGUCUCGUGUACCUGCGCAAACGUAGUUCUGGAAGAUUUUAUCCCACAAGAUUAGCACUCAACAUCACUGCUGGGCAGAAUAAGGGCAUCAUUGACGUGCCUAAACAUGGUUAUCUGGUGAUUGAAACAAAUUACAGAAUAUACGCUUAUACUGUCUCCGAACUCCAAAUAGCACUUCUGUCUAUUUUUACAGAUAUAGAGGGCAGAUUCCCCAACAUGGUGGUUGCAAGCAUCUCACGUGGCAGCGUGCGCCGUGCUCUCUUGAAGGGUAUUGGGGCUGAGCAAAUUAUAAGCUUCCUGCGACAGCAUUGUCACCCGCAGAUGUUCAAGAACAACCCAGUAGUUCCGCGUACUGUGGCAGACCAGAUAAAACUGUGGGAAUUAGAAAGAGAGCGUUUAGAAUUCAGUGAAGGUGUCCUCUACAAAGAUUUUAUGUCUGUUCAUGAUUUUUUGCUCUUAUCCAACUAUGCAUCUAGUAAGGGUGUGCUUAUAUACUCUGAUGAAAAGCAAAGGACAGUGGUGGUGACCAAAAAAGGACAUCCGAACAUUAAGCAGUUCUGGAAGGAAGCACAAGCAAGGUAAUAUGUCAGUGAUAGGGAAUGUUAAGCUGUAACUACGUAAUUUUGAGGAAUCUUUGAUACUAUGCAUAACUUUUAUUUUUGUUUAAUGCUGUAUAAUAAAUAAUAUGUUUAUAGUGUGUUUUACUGUUAGACUUUGAACCCUAAUGUUGUAACUUAUUUCUUUCUUGAUUUGACAUGCAGGUUGUGUGUCCGUGACCAACCCAUUCUCUCAGUUUACCACUCUAAAAAAGUUACAGUAAUUGUUUUUCCCUAACUGGAACUGUACAAAUCUAACCUAUCGAGGCUGUUGCAUUAAAAUCUUUAAUAUUAUGGUGAUUUAAUUUUUAAUGUGGUGAUUUAAUUUGUAAUAAAGUAUGCUGAUUAUAUUUUUAAUAAUUAUGUCUCAUUUUUAAUGGAUUGAUCAGUUCUGUAAAAAAUGCAGCAUAUUUGGACAAGGACUGGUUUGGUUGCCUUUACAUGCUAUUGAACUUUAUUUUUUUUUAUGAAAGUUAAAUGACUAGUUUUGUUUGAUAAAUUAAAUAAUGUGAUACUA